AGCUGAGUAUCAUCUUUGGCACUCACAAGAAUCAGCAAGCUCAGAGCAAGGCACAGGGAGUGCAGAGUGCACGGCAAGAAAAACCUUCACACUCUUCUGGGGAAAAAGAUUAAAUCAUCAGGAAGAGAGACUCGUACAAAUCUUCAAAAAAAGGAACUUUCUGCAGCUGUUUACUCAUCUGCUUCAUGAAAGGACCAUGACUGUGGACUGGAGUAAUGGGAAAUGUUGUUCGGGGAGCUGUGGCCUUCAUUCCAUCAGACCGAUGUGAGCGAUUCUUGGUGGGGGACUUGAAGGAGAUGCCACAUGAUUGCACCAUAGACCUGUGUAGCCGUCAUCUUCAUCGCUUUCCCCUUAGAGUAUGUGCCUUCAGAGACCUUGUUAAACUUUAUCUGAGUAACAACAACUUGAACAGUUUGCCUCCUCAACUUAGCAAUCUGGAAAAGCUUCAAAUUCUUGCUCUGGACUUCAACAGUUUUGUGGAACUGCCUCUGGUUGUUUGCAGUCUUCGGCAACUAAGCAUACUCUACCUUGGAAAUAAUCAAAUUGCCAAACUGCCAAAAGAUCUGUCUCAGCUCAGUGGACUAAAGACAUUAUGGCUAGACAACAACUGCUUUACAAAGUUUCCAUCUGUAGUAUGUAAACUUUACAACCUCAAAACUCUUCAUCUGGGUUACAAUCAGUUUCGUAGCUUGCCUCCUGAGCUUUUGAGGUUAAAAGAGCUGCGAAGUAUUUGGCUAUCAGCCAACGUUCUGAAUAAAUUUCCACCAGUGCUUCUGGAAAUGCACUGGUUGGAAGUGAUUGAUGUAGAUAGGAACCACAUACAGUAUUUUCCACCACUUGUACACCUAACAGGGCUUAAGGUUAUCAUCUAUGACCAUAAUCCAUGUUUUAAUGCGCCUUUAGUAGGAGAAGGGGUGAAACGGGUGGGCCGGUGGGCAGAUAGUCCUGAUGAUGUGGAUGAUGAAUCUGAACGAAAAACAGCUGAAAUGUCCAUUGAAGAAAAAAACACUGAGGUGUCCACAGAGGUGAGAGAAAAGCUUCCAGAGAAUUUGUAAAAGAAAGAAGUAUGAUGUUUAAUGUCUAGUAUACACAUUGAACAGUAUCACUCAUGUUUCCUAGUUCAUGCUGCAAAAGAACAUAUCUAGUUAUAACAUUAUAAUAUUCUUUAAUAUGAUAUUUAGUAACUUUUUUCAAGUUUUUCUCCUUUAUGGAAGAUUCAUUUCUGUAAAGUUAUAACAUUUCUGUAUUAGAGAUGAUCUUGAAUUAAAAUGUAUGAGGUCUUGGAAAAUUUUUUCCAAUGAUGAAUUGCUAAUUUCCAACAACGUACCUCACCUCUUCAAUAAUGCAUGUGUGAAGUGACAGAUUUGGGUCUCCAGUUUAAUGUAGGACCCUUAAUAGGAUUUAAUCAUCAUUCUUACUGUUCCUGGUUGCAUAUUGGAGUGUUGAGUAGACUACUGUUUAUGCAAAGAUUAACCUUGUUUUAGCACCUUUUUAUGUGCAUUUUUGCGGUAAUUAAAAAAAAUAAAUAGAAAAAUAUGUUACACCAGUAAGAUAAUACUCAAAUGGGAUAUUAUGUACAUUUUGUAUUAUUGUCAGCAAAGCUGAUAAGACUGUCACAUAUUUUGUGUGAAGUGUGUUGUUUUGAUAUGCAAAGAAAUGCUUAAAUAAACUUGCAAAAUUUA